AAGUGGUCAGCGCCGGGUGAGGGUGGAAGGGCUCAGCGGACUUCGCCAGGGCCUUGUCAGAACCGGCAGGGAGGGUGGGGGUGACACUGGGAAGCGCUCGAGGUGAGACGGCCCGGGCGGUGGACCGGGCGAGUCGAGUCCAGAGCCUCAAGCCUGUGUGUGAACGAGAGGCUGAGAAGGACGGUGUGUGACAGAUGGCGUGACAGGGCCGGGGUGUGUCUCCCUAACCGUGUGCGCAGUUGGGAAUGUAUGACGGGGUGAUGGAAUGCGUGGCCUUGUUUGGAGGUGUGGUUUGCUUUGGCUGGAUGCUCUAGGUUCUUUCUGGACUCUCUUAGGGGCUGCCAGAGUUAAGUGACCGCAAGGAAAGAAGUCCUGUAGUAAGCCCUAGAAUGUACGUUUCCGGUAAGAAGCUACAGGUCUGGUCUUGGGAUGAAAAUUUGACAUCUGGACGCGUCCUCGUGACGGGCUCCUGGAAAGACAUGACUGGGGAGGUCCCAGAGCUCUGGCUUUUCUGGACUCUGUGCUUCACCAGUAGAGGAACGCUAUGGAACAUUAAUUAGUUCCUGUGAUUCCAGAACCAUGACUGACAACCCCAUCCCUGAACCUGCUUCUCAGUUCCUUCUGUUCCAGUAAAGGAUGAUACCAAGUAGUCCAGCAUCUUCCUUCUGUGCCUUUUCCCAUCAGUGCCAUCAUAUUCAUUGAACACACUACUCAACAUCUCCUGCGGUUCAGUCUUCCAUCAAGAGCAGCGAAGAAAUGGAGUCCUUUAAGGGAAAUAUUUGAGCAUCUGUCAAAGAAUAAUGCAAAGAAAUGUGGUGAACAUUCAGCCCGCGUUUAUUUGUAUACAAGGAAAACCAACAGUAGAUUGAUUUCAUUUUUCAGAGGCACAAAGAGGAUUCAUAGAAGAAGGAAAGAGGAGAGAAUGAAAGACUGCAGACAUCUGGGAAAGCAGGAGUUUUCCUUUUUCAAGCUAAGAUGCUGAUUAGCUCAUGUCCUAUCUAGAAAAAAAAUGGCUGAAGGUCCCUAGUAGUUUUCCUUUUUUAGGGCUUGGUGACGUUCAGGGAUGUGGCCAUUGACUUCUCUCAGGAAGAGUGGGAAUUCCUGGACCCUGCUCAGAGGGACUUGUACGUGGAUGUGAUGCUGGAGAACUAUAGCAACUUGGUCUCACUGGAUUUGGAGUCAACAUAUGAGACCAAAAAUACAUUUUCAAAAAAGGACAUUUUUGAAAUAAAUUUUCCCCAAUGGGAGAUAAAGGAAAGAAGUAAAACCCUUGGCUUUGAGGCAUCCAUUUUCAAAAAUAAUUGGAAGUGUAAGAGAAGAUUUGAAGGGCUCCAGGGACAUCAAGAGGGAUACUUCAGUCAAAUGAUAAUCAGCUAUGAAAAAAUGUCCACCUACAGAAAAUGUAAAUCUCUUACUGCACAUCAGAGAAUUCAUAAUCGAGAGAAACCCUAUGUUUGUAAGGAAUGUGGGAAAGCUUGUAGUCAUGGCUCAAAACUUGUUCAACAUGAGAGGAUUCAUAUGGCUGAAAAACAUUUUGAAUGUAAAGAAUGUGGGAAAGAGUUUUUAAGUGCCUAUCAACUCUCUGUGCAUCAAAGAUUUCAUACUGGUGAGAAACCUUAUGAAUGUAAGGAAUGUGGGAAGACCUUUAGUUGGGGAUCAAGUCUUGUUAAACACGAGAGAAUUCAUACUGGUGAGAAGCCCUAUGAAUGUAAAGAAUGUGGGAAGGCCUUUAGUCGAGGCUAUCACCUUACUCAACAUCAGAAAAUUCACAUUGGUGUGAAAUCUUAUGAAUGUAAAGAAUGUGGGAAGGCUUUUUUUUGGGGCUCAAGCCUUGCUAAACAUGAGAUCAUUCAUACAGGUGAGAAACCUUAUAAAUGUAAAGAAUGUGGGAAGGCCUUCAGUCGUGGCUAUCAACUUACUCAGCAUCAUAAAAUCCAUACCGGUAAGAAACCUUAUGUAUGUAAAAUAUGUGGGAAGGCUUUUUGUUGGGGCUAUCAACUUACUCGACAUCAGAUAUUUCAUACUGGCAAGAAACCCUACGAAUGUAAAGACUGUGGAAAGACCUUUAAUUGUGGCUCAAGUCUGGUUCAACAUGAGAGAAUCCACACUGGUGAGAAACCCUAUGAAUGUAAAGAAUGUGGAAAGGCCUUUAGUCGAGGCUAUCACCUUACUCAACAUCAGAAAAUCCAUACUGGUGAGAAACCCUUUGAAUGUAAGGAAUGUGGGAAGGCCUUUAGUUGGGGUUCAAGCCUUGUUAAACAUGAGAGAAUCCAUACUGGUGAGAAAUCCUAUGAAUGUAAAGAAUGUGGAAAAGCCUUUGGAAGUGGCUAUCAGCUUACUCGACAUCAGAUAUUUCAUACUGGCAAGAAACCCUAUGAAUGUAAGGAAUGUGGGAAGGCCUUUAAUUGUGGCUCAAGUCUGGUUCAACACGAGAGAAUCCAUACUGGUGAGAAACCCUAUGAAUGUAAAGAAUGCGGAAAGGCCUUUAGUCGAGGCUAUCACCUUACUCAACAUCAGAAAAUCCAUAGUGGUGAGAAACCUUUUAAAUGUAAGGAAUGUGGGAAGGCCUUUAGUUGGGGUUCAAGCCUUGUUAAACAUGAGAGAGUUCAUACUGGUGAGAAAUCCUGUGAAUGUAAAGACUGUGGGAAGGCCUUUGGUAGUGGCUUUCAACUUAGUGUUCAUCAGAGAUUUCAUACUGACGAGAAACUUUAUCAACGUGAGGAAUCUGGGAAGACAUUUACUUGUGGCUCAAGCUGUGCUCAGCAUGUAAGAACUAAUAAUAAUGAUAAACCCUACAAAUAUAAAGAAUGUGGGGAAGCCUUUAUGUGGACAGCUUACUCAAAUGAGACAAUUGAUGCUGGUGAAACUGUGAUUGAAGAGAUAUGAAAACACGUUUUUGUGUGUGUACGGACAACUUAUUCAACAUGAGGAGAAGUCUUACUCUGGAGAAACCUUAUGAAUGUAGGGAAUGUACAAAAGCCUUACCUGUGUAUGGACAAUUUACUUGAUAUCAGAAAAUUCACGCUAGUGAGAAAUAUUUUGAAAGUGAGGAAUGUGAGAAGGCCUUUAGACUUCUGUAUGAUCUUGUUGAACAUCUAUACCUGAUGUGAAGCCAUUUAAAUGUAGGGAAUGUGUAAAGAUCUUUAAUUCAUGGUACAGUUUCAUAAGCACUGGAAAAAUUAUGCCCAUUACUCUUUAAGGGAAGGAUCUAAACUUAAUUUGGUUCUUGCCCGGCAUAUCAGACAAUUCAUACUGUUGUGAAAUCCUGUGAAUUUAAGGAAUGUGGGAAGACUUGUAAACUGGGAAAUAUCUUAGAGUACAUCAGGGAAUUCAUCCACAUGAGAAAUCCCUUGAAUUAGAAUUAAAGGAAGGCCUUUAGACAAUACUCAAACUAUUGUCCAGAGACUUUUUGCUAGUCCACAGAAUUGUUACCUGUCAAUCAUGAGAUAAAUGCAGAAAAUGAGAGUAAGUGUCUGGAAACUUUUAUAGUAAUUUGAUAUUGCCAUAACAUUAUAUUUUACAAAAGUAUCAGUCAAUGAAUAAUUGGUAAUUAAAAACAAAAAGUUUGUUCUUCCCUAGAUAAUUUGAGAGACAACAUUCACACUUUUUAAAACAUAAGACAAGUCAGUAUGACUCAUUUAGAACAAGAAAUCCCUCACUUGUUACCUCUCUGAUUAGAGUAGCAGAAUAUUUAUACUGCAGGAAUAUUUGGCUAAUGCAGAAAUCAUGAUUUCCUUCUGCCCAGAAAAGCAUAGAGAAUUUAUACCGGAUAUGUUGAUUUAGUGGAAGCCUUCCAAUACUAUUCAAUCUUUGUUAAGCUCAGCAAACUCUUGCUAGAGAAUAACUCUGUUAAUAUAACAGAUGUAGGAAAUACCUUAUCCAUAGCAGAAAUCAUACUAUUUUUAUCUCCAUUCUACCUCCUUACUACUUGUGGGAUGUUGGGUAAACUGCUUAUCCCCUCUGGGCAUCAUGUUUAAAAUGCUGGUGAUGGUAGCUAUCUAAUAGUGUGUUGUAGAGACUGCAUGGAUGUGGUAUGGGUCAUAUCCUUGGAAGGGUACAUAGUAUGUAGCUUGUGCUCAAUGCAUAUUAGCUAUUGUUCCUAUUAUCAUUAUAAAUAUUACUACUAGUGAAAUCUUGGGAGAGGAAUGCCCAUUUGGUGUAAUGAACUUAGAAAAGCUUCCCAUAACCACUCAUCCACUUGAAUUUCACAUCCUUCUGGAUAAAAGAUCUAAUAAAAUGUAAAGAAUUUGAGAGGGAUUUUUAUUCAUAAUUUAUCCCUUAAGCUGCGUAAAAAAUUGACUGAAAAGAAACAUUGUAAAUUUAGUAAGUGUUAAGAUGUUGGGAUUAUACAUGGAGAAGAAUCAGGGAGAGAUGUGAAGCAAUUUGCUGUAAUGAAUCCCAACAGACAAGUAGUAAUUAAAAUUCUCCACUCACUUUUCAAGGUAAAUUAGAAAUUCAAAAGAGAACAAAAAGAAAACUGUUCAUUUUGGAAUUCUUUACCACGACUUCAUGAUGAUAAUCUUUGAGACAUUCAGAAAAAUUUAAACAACAGUGUGAUGAACAUCAUUUGCUCUCUACGUAGAACCAAGAAUUCUAAACAUUUGGCCAUUUUUGCUUUCUGAAUAUACAUUCAAGGCAUUUGGUUGUCAUGUCUCUUGAGGACUUUUUGAAGAUUUCAGGAAAGCUAUUUUAUAGAAUGCCAUACAUUCUAGAUUUGUCUGUUUUCUCAGAGUAAAAUUUAAUUUGUACCCCUAUCCUUCACAGCUCUCAUAAAAUCAAGCUAGAGCUAGAGGAUUAAACAUUUUCUGCCAGAACAAUUCAUAGGAAGUGACCGGUACUUUAUAUUGCAAUACAGUGUAAGCAAUUAAUACCCAUUUUCUCCACCAACACCAGUGCUCCGUUUGAUCAUUUGAUUAAGAUGGUGACUGCUAGAGUUCUCCAUUAUAAAGCUCCAUUAUACAGCUAGUAGGAUUGGUGAACCUUGGUCAGCUACUUUGGGGAAUGUAUAAUCAUAUGUAUGUAAAGUUCUGAGUCAAAGAGAAAAUUGAAACAAUUAGAGAUUCUUCAGAAAACAAUGAUAAUGAAAUGAUUGUAUACUGGAACUUGUAGGAUGUUCCUGAAGCUCUACUCAGUGGAAAAGUAAUACCAUUAUUAAUAUGUCUUAGAGGAAAAGAUGCAUCUGGCCCAGAUGGAGGGCCAGAACUGUACCUUGUUUCUCCCAGUAUCUGCAUGGUUCCUGUGACACUGAACUGAGAAGCUAGAAAAACAACAAAUCCUAAACCAAAAUACAGAAGCAAUUAAUACAACUAAAAUUUGAGAUUAGUGGUUAGGAAUUAAAGCAGUAGUCUUCAAUCAUUAUUCCUCUGUGAAAAGUCCACUAAACUCAACUAGACUUUGGUAAAUCUGAAAAAGGAAAAAUUAAGAAAAUUGGCAACAUUGUAGACUCAUGAAUAAGAAAGGAGAUAUAAUUAUAGAUAUGGAGUUCUUUGGGUUUUUUUGUCUUUAAAUUUAAGGCGAUACAAUGUAUUCAAACCUGUUUGGACCAAUAAACAAAGGAAAAGGCUGAAAAAAUUGGUCUAGGGUCUCCCUUUUAGAAAAAAUGCUUGGAAAUUGUCAUCUCCUUAGGUAAAAAUUUCAAGAGGAAAAUAACUAAAAAUUUUACUAACACAUCUUGGCUGGAUAACAUAAAUCUAGGAACAAAACUAAAUGGAGAUAGCCUCUAAAAAGCAAAAGCUAGAUUAAUGUAGGUAAAUGCAAAAAUUCUAAUUAAAAUAUCAGCAAGCAGAAUCCAAAUGUAAGAUGUAAGAUUGUGCAAUAGGAAGUAAUUUAUAGGGGAUAUACAGACCCCAAAUUUUCUGGUUUAAAUGGAAAUAUAGGCGGACAAAAAAAUUGAAUCAGCACAAGUGUAAUUCAUCCUGAUAGUUUAUCUUAGAUUUGUAUGACUUUUAGAGUAGGAAAUCACACACAGUGACUUAAUUCUAAGAUGAAUUUUAAUAUUUGGAAAUCAGAAUGCAUCUCAAAAUUGGUGGCUUCUCACGUUCAGUUUCAUCUCAGUGGCUGUCAUGAUUUAGUGCUAGCAUCAAAGCAUAUUAGUUAUGAUGAAAUAAAAGUGUGUUUAUGUACUCACAGUUAGAAUUCAACCCUUUAAAAUACUGAUUUCCAAAAAUCAGUGACAUCAAAACUGCAUUGACAAAUGUCUGUGAUUCAUCUUGGUCAUUGUUUUAAUCUGCACUCCACCUCUGUGUCCAUUUUGUGCAGGUAGGCCAUCCAUGAUAUCACUGUACAGUUGUUUACCUUCUAGUGAUUGAUUGACAGCAUUAUUCCACAUAAUUGCAAUUUUAAUCAUCAAAUGUAACACAAAGAAUACUUUGAGUGUUUUAAUAGAAUAAAGCAUCACCAGUCAGUAUUUUACUCCUCCUGGGUACCAUAGUUGCAUGUUAACUAGGAGAUGUGGAGAAAAAGCACCUUAUCAGCUUAUCAAAAGACUAAAGAGUACUCUAGUGAAGAAAAUUGUCCAACUUUGUUUAAAUUGGUAUAUUUCAAACUUUACUUUGGAAAUACCAAUUCUCAUGACUUGUUAACAUCUGAAGGAUGUGAAAUUGCAUUGGGGAAUGCUUCCAUAGCUAAAAGAGACUCUGUAAAGCUGGAAAUUUCAGUCUCCAAGUCUGAUUGUUAGCUAUGACAGGAUGACAGUUAGCAUCAUGCUUUCAAACAGUUGCCUUCUAAAGUUUUCUCUUAUUUGUGAGUAAAAAUCUUUGUUGUAUCUAAGUAGGCAUGGCUCCUGAGUUUUAUCAAAUGCCAUUUCAUCAUCUCUUUAUGCAUUUGUGUAUUUAAUUUGUUAAUGUGAUUAUUUAUACUGACAGACCCAUUGACUUUUCCCAUUCCUGGAUAUACCCAGGUUAGCCACUGAUGUGUGUGUGUGUGCGCGUGCGCAUGCAUGCGUGUCUUGUAUGCAGUGCUUGAUUUCUACUAUUUUAUUUAGAAUUUUUACAUCUCAUGAGUGAGACUGAUAAUUGUCUUUUAAAAUGUAUUUUUGUAUGUUUUGUAUUGUGAUUACC